ACAACGGAGCCCUUCAUCUGCACGUUGUGAUCACGGGCCAGAAAAAAAACAAAACUUUACCAUUCAAAACGAAGUAUAACAGAACAUUACCAUGCCGAAAACAAAGCGAGGAGCACAGAGGAAAAAGUUCGAUUACAACAGAGACAGGAAGAAGUUGAAGAGGAAGUUAAAGAAGAAAAACAACCCGAGGAUAGAGAGUGCACAGAUACGAAAUGCGUGGAGUAACAACAAGUCGACAGCUGGUAAUCUUCGAGACAUGGGUCUGGCAUUUGACCCCAAUCACAGUAUUCCCUUCAAAAUUGAUGGGGCUUCAGACAAGAAGCGAGUCCGUGUGGUGAGGAAGCCAUACGUCAUCACCCAACUGGAGGAAGAAGCCAAUCGCCCGAUCAAAAACACCAAGACGUUGUCAGCCGACCUGAUCGAGUAUGUUCAGUACAUGAUCCGCCAUCACAAGGACAACUACAAGGCCAUGGCCCGAGACGAAAAGAACUACUAUCAGGACACACCGAAACAGAUCAAGAGGAAGAUUAACGAUUACAUUCACUGCCACCCGGAUCAGUACGAAGCGUUUGUCAGUUCCCUGGCUCCUCUGGAACCGAUGGUCCAGUAGCGGGAGCUGUCCCUGGACUUGUGUACAGAAAUCGAGACUGAGACUAAACUCAACCAGGAUCUGGAUCUUUUUCUGAAUGAUCUGUUUCAUGUUUUUAAUGUUGCCUGUAACCGUUGAGUGUUUGAAUACACGAGUGCUGCUUUUA